GAAGGGGACGACCGCCGAAGAAAAAGGCAACUUAGUCGCCGGGAAAUAGCAGCGCAACGGUGGAAGGGUCACCGGUGGGAGGACAACGGGAAGUGGCUGAAGAAGUAGUAGUGGUUGAGGAAGAUACGGAGGAGACGGAUGAUGCUAUUUUUGGGGAAUCAAAAAACCCUAAAAUCGCGACUGAGGAGAAGACAAGGGAGGGGAAGGAGGUGAUAGGCUAUGGGUGGAUGUGAUUCGUGGUAACAGGAAUUCAUCUAAUGGCAUUCAGCUUCAAUACUAUGCUCCAAAACUCAAUGAUGGGGUUAAGGAAGUCGAAAUUAAGGAUGAGGAUGUUGAAUCGGAGCUUUGGUUUUGGGAUACGACGUUGAUCAUGUAUGUGAUAGGGGCUAAUUUGAGUAUGAAUGCUGUGAAAAACUACAUGAGUAAGACAUAGAAUUUUGUGGCACUGCCUGGGAUGUUCUUCAAUGAUGAAGGAUACUUCAUUCUGAAGUUCAAAUCGUAUGCAGAUAUGGAUAAAGUCAUGAUGAAGGGUCCAUACACUAUCCACAAUGCGCCUAUGGUAAUUAUGGAAUGGAGACCAAAUUUCUCGAUGGAAAAGGAUAUGCUCAGAACGAUGUCAAUUUGGAUUAAACUUCUGCAGUUGCCUUUGUAUCUAUGGGGUGAAAGGAGCUUGGGAAAUAUUGGUAGUAUGAUUGGCACGCCUUGGUUUACGGAUGAAUGCACUGCAGGAAAGCUGAGAGUUACAUACGCGCGAAUAUUGGUUUUGGUUGAUGUUACACAAAAACUUUGUGAAGAGGUUGUCAUCAAAGAUCAGAAAGGCGAGAGGCGUAAGCAGAAAGUGAAGUACGAGUGGAGACCUAAAUUCUGUGAACGGUGCCAGAAAGUUGGGCAUGUGUGUAAUAAUGGUCUGAAACUGUCCAUAAAUAAUUGGCAGCCAAAUCUGCAGACUGAGGAACUUAAGGAAGAUACAGUUGAGGAUCCUAGUCAGGAAACUCCAGCAGUUCAGGUUGAGCAGCUCCAUACAUCUCUUGAAGAUGAGAAGUGGACAGAGGUCAAUAGGAAAACAAGAACUCGUGGAAAAGAGGAUGGUAACCAGUUGGAGCUGCGUUUUGUUAGAGAUACAAGCCAAUUUAUUCACUGUGGGGUGUAUAAUAAUGCUAGUGAUUUUCUUUACUGGCUGACGACUAUAUAUGCCCUUAACCAAAUUGACAAGAGAAGAGUAUUGUGGAAAGAUAUUGAUAAUCUUGGUAAACCUCAGCAGGGACCUUGGAUGCUUAUGGGGGACUUUAACAAUGUCCUGAGUACACAGGAUAUAUGUGGGGGGAGUCUUGUUAGAGAGUGGGAGUUUUCUAAUUUGAGGGAGAUGAUGGCCAACAGUGAUAUGUUUAAAAUUGAUAGUAAGGGAGACAGAUUUACCUGGUUCAACAAACAUGCAGAUGGGGUCAUUUAUACUAGAAUUGAUAGAGCUAUUACUAACAUGAACUGGCUGCAGGUUUAUGGGGAUUUGAUUUUGUAUGUCCUUGAGCCUGGAGUUUCAGACCAUGCUCUGCUCUGCAUCAGAGCUUAGGAGGAUAAGACGAGGAUGAAAAGCAACUUCAAAUUCAUUAAUUUGGUUAUUGAUAGACCUGAGUUCUUAUCAGAGGUAAGGAAUAACUAGAUGAAAGGUGUUGUUGGCAGUUCUACAAGAUUCUUUGGCAGAAACUCAUGAGGUUACAAUAUGUGAUUAAGAAGCUCAGUAGACCCCUAUUAGGGAUUAAGCAGCAAAUAGAAAAAGAGAGGGAAAAUUUGCAGAUUAUGCAAAAUUUGUUGAGUCAGGACAGAUUGAAUACAUCUUUUAUCCAGAGGGAAAAGCAAAGUACUGAGAAAUUAUUGGAAUAGAAUGAUAUGGAUGAAUAUAUUUUGAGGCAAUGGGCUAAAAUUAACUGGAUUAGGUUGGGGGACGAUAAAAAUUCGUAUUUCCAUGCUACGCUCAAGAGCAAGCAAAAGAACAACAGAAUCCACAGGCUGUAUAGAGAGGAUGGUAUGAUGCUUGAUAACCAGAGUGAUAUUGAAGAGGAGAUUCUUCAGUUUUAUGGGAAACUCAUAGAGUCUGUUGCUGACACUAGCGAGGGGGUUGAUAUCAAGGUCUUAAGGAGAGGGAGUCAGCUAGAUAUGGUGCAAAGAGCACAACUUGUGCAACCUAUUACAAGCUCUGAACUGGAAGAUGCCCUGAGGAGUAUUGGUGUUAAUAAGAGCCCCGGGGUGGACGGGUAUGGUGCGAAAUUUUUCAAACACACGUGGAGUAUUAUUAAAGCUGAUGUUACUGACUGUGUUAUGGAGUUUUUCAACAGAGGUACUAUGGAUAAGAGGUUUAAUAGAACCCUUGUGACCCUUAUACCUAAACAUGACCAGGCAAGAACCAUUAGAGAAUACCGGCCCAUUUCGUGAUGCACUACUGUAUAUAAAUUGAUUUCUAAAGUCUUGGCUAACAGGCUGGGAAAUGUUCUGAGUUAUCUUGUAAGCAAGAAUCAAGCUGCAUUUGUGCCGGGGCAACACAUUCAUGACCAUGUCCUUUUAGCUUAUGAACUAGUGAGAGGAUACAUUAGAAAGGGUGGGAUGCCUCGGUGCAUGCUUCAAAUGGAUACUCAGAAAGCUUACGACUCCGUAUAUUGGAAAGCUUUGAGGACUAUCCUUGAGGAAGUUGGUAUACCUAGAAAAUUUAUUGGUUGGGUUAUGCAGGCAGUGGAGAUCGUGAGCUACCAAUUCAACGUUAAUGGUUGUCAUUCGAAAGUCUUAGAGGCCAAACGUGGGUUGCGCCAAGGGGACCCAAUUUCCCUGAUGUUGUUUGUCUUAGUUAUGGAGUAUCUCCAUAGAAAGCCGGAGGGUUUACAUUGUAUCCCUGAGUUCAACUUCCCUAGUAAGUGUAAAAGACUCAAGAUUGUGGACAAUUUGUUUGCGGAUGAUCUUCUCUUGUUCUCGAGGGGUGAUGAGAUUUCUGUCAAGCUUUGAUGAAACGAUUCAAUGAGUUGUCUAGACCUACGGGCUUAGUGGCGAACCCUGCUAAAUGUAACAUAUAUUGUGGUGGCAUGGAGAAUGAUAUGGUGCAGAAACUCUGUGAUAUAACUGGUUUUUCUAAUGGUAGUUUCCCUUUCAGAUAUCUGGGUAUUCCCCUUCAGAGCAAGAAGUUGUCUAAUACUCAGUGCUUGAGUUUGGUGGACAAAGUGACGACUAAGUUGCAGCAUUGGAGUGCUCAUAUGCUCAGUUAUGUCGGGCGGAUUCAGCUGAUAAACAAUGUAAUUUUUAGCAUCAUAAAUUAUUGGUUUUAGUGCAUGCCGGUCCCAAAGGGUGUAAUUCAUCGGGUUGAAGCGUUGUGCUGGCCGUUCUUGUGGACUGGAAAAAGUGUGAUUCCAGAAAGUCUCUAGUCGCAUGGAGCAAAAUUUGCGAGCCCAAGUGCCAAGGAGGGAUGAAUGUGAUUGACUUUGAGAGGUGGAACGGUGCUUGUAUGUUGAAGUUGCUUUGGUACCUUCAAACAAAAGCUGACAACCUCUAGGUCAGGUGGAUACAUGCUUAUUAUGUUAAGAGUGAUCAAGUGAUGAGUGUCCCGGUGAAGCAUUCGUGUUCAUGGAUAUUGAAAAGUAUCCUCAGCAGGAGGCACCAAGUUGUAGGGCUACCACAGUGGAAUAAUAUGAUCAGAGAUGGCAAAUUCAAGACUAGCAAUAGUUAUUAUGAGCUGAUGGAAGUUAAACAAAAGGUGCCGUGGCAGAAAAUUUGGUAUGAUUCUGAAGCUUCUCCCCGUGCUCUGUUUAUACUUUGGAUUGCGUGCCAUAAGCGGUUAGCAACAAAGGACCGUCUGCGCACUAUUGGUUUGAUUACACAGGAGGACUGCAAGUUCUGUAUAGAAAAGGAAAGCAUCCAACACCUUAUUUUCCAGUGCAUAAGCAUGCACACCAUUUGGAGAGGGGUGCUGAAGUGGGUGGGUUUUGAUCAUAAGCCACUUAAUUGGGAUCAAGAGGUGGGGUGGAUGAUUAGGAUCAGCAAGGUCAAAGGUUGGCGAACAAAAAUUCUUCGUACAACUUUUGCGAAAACGGUAUACACAUGUUGGUUGUAUAGAAACAGGAAAGUCUAUAGAAAGGAUAGUAAUGGUAUAGAUCAUAGAGAUAUAGAAAAAGGAAAUAUAUAAAGGGUUGUAUGUAGAUGUUAGCAAAAUAGGAAGCUACGUGAGUAUGUGGCUCUUUUGAGCCUUUAGGUGGGUGUUGUUUGUCGUGUGGGCUGGACCCUAUGGGUCGCUUCUUAUACUAGCUGUUUUUUUGAAUAUAUAUAAUACCUUAUUUAUCAAAAAUUCAUCUUUUUUUUUCCUUCCAUUUUCCUCCCUCAGAUUCAACUCAGAAAAAGAAAAUAAAUUAAAAAUUACCACCACUACCACAAUCAUCAUCAUCAAUUUAAUCUCCGGUCAUUGAUGGAUCUCAGAUUUUUCCAUAUGAUGAUUAUGAAGGUUCUAUUUCAUGAUGUGAUUAAAAUCUGUUAGUGAAUCUUCCGAAUCGUAGUGUUAUUAUACUACAAAUUUUUGGAGGUUAUUUAAAUUCAGCUCCAUUCUAGAAUGAAUGAGAAUAGUGAAGUUUUUGGAGGUCAUCGAGUUGGAUUUAUUUAUGCAUAGGAAAGUUUUUGUUUUGUUUAUUCUAAUUAUACUACAAAUUUUGGAGCCAUGUGCUUUACUUUACAUUUGCUAUUAUUUAUUUUAGGGUUAAUAGCCGUUUACCUCCCUGUCAUAUAGGCGAGUUUUGAUUUACCUCCUUUAAAAAAAAAUUAGAUUAUCUAACUAUAAUUUUUAGGCACCCUCUAAGCGUGUAAAAACCAGGGGGUAAAUCAAAAAGUAAUUUUUUCUCUUAAGGGACAAAAGACUUAGAAUUUUAAAAUUAUAGAGGAGUAAUCCAAAACUUUUUUUUAAAGGGAAUAAAUCAAAAUUCGCCUAUACGGCAGGGAAUAAAUGGCUAUUAACACUUUAUUUUAUU